UGAAGACUUAUCUAAUUCUCCUUCUCAUCUUCUCACUUCUCUUAUCAUUUGCCUCUGGCGAGCAAUGCGGUCGUCAAUCCAAACCCCCGGGAGCACUCUGCCCCAAACGGUCUAUGCUGCAGCACUACCGAACCUUACUGCGGGCAUGGUUGCCAAAGCCAGUGCACUCCCACUCCUCCCACUCCUCCUACUCCACCUACUCCUACCCCUCCUAGUCCCACCCCUCCGGGUCCCACCCCUCCUGGUCCCAGCGGGGAUCUUUCGGACAUCAUUUCAAGAGAUCAGUACUAUACAAUGCUUUUACACACGAACGAUAAUGCUUGUCAUGCUCCUGGUUUCUUCACUUACGAGGCCUUCAUCACCGCCGCUAAGUCUUUCCCUAUUUUCGGUAACACCGGAGACCUUGCCACGAGGAAGAAGGAGAUAGCAGCCUUCUUCGGCCAGACUUCCCACGAAACCACUGGUGGGUGGUCGGGUGCACCGGACGGAGCAGAUAAAUGGGGCUACUGUUACAAGGAAGAAAUUGACCAAAGCGACCCCCACUGUGAUAGCGGCAACCUCGAGUGGCCAUGCGUCCCUGGCCAAUGGUACUACGGAAGAGGACCGAUCAUGCUAUCUUGGAACUACAACUACGGACCGUGCGGGAGAGACAUAGGACUCGACUUACUACACAACCCAGAUGUUGCGUCCAAAGACCCAGUGAUCUCUUUCAAAACCGCCAUUUGGUUCUGGAUGACUCCUCAGGCUCCUAAACCCUCGUGCCACGACGUGAUCACCGACAAGUGACAGCCGUCGGCAGCCGACAUUGAUGCGGGGAGAUUACCUGGUUAUGGAGUGAUUACGAAUAUCAUUAACGGUGGAUUAGAGUGUGCUGGUCGCAAUGUCGCACAGGUCCAAGAUCGGAUUUCGUAUUAUACAAGGUACUGUGGCAUGUUUGGUGUUGAUCCUGGAAGUAAUAUCGACUGUGACAAACAAAGGCCGUUUAAUGAAGGUAGUAACGUUUUCUUGGACGCUGCUAUUUAGUAAAGGAGUGUUAAUGCAGCUUUGUUGUAUCCAUGCAAUAAGAGAAUAUCAAAUUAAAUAAAAC